CUAGACUAUCCCGUCUCUAUGGUCAACCGCACGCCAAGUCCCUCCUGAGAAAGUUGUUCUUCCGGGUUAUGGCUAUCGCUUCCGGGGCUGCUCCCUGCGAGCCGCGACUGCGGUGUUCGGCUUUCUUGGUUCGCGUAGAGCUAUGCUUUCGCCGGCGAUGAGCUUCCUCAAAAGCUUCCCGCCGCCUGGGUCGGCAGACGGACUCCGGCUGCAGCAGCCAGACACCGAGGCUGUGCUGAACGGGAAGGGGCUCGGCACCGGCACCCUUUACAUUGCGGAGAGCCGCCUGUCUUGGUUAAAUGGUUCGGGAUUAGGAUUCUCACUGGAAUACCCCACCAUUAGUUUACAUGCCGUGUCCAGGGAUCCAAAUGCUUAUCCUCAAGAGCAUUUGUAUGUUAUGGUGAAUGCCAAAUUUGGAGAAGAAUCAAAAGAACCUCUCUCUGAUGAAGAUGAGGAAGACGAUGAUGUUGAACCCAUUUCUGAAUUUAGAUUUGUGCCCAGUGAUAAGUCAGCAUUGGAGGCGAUGUUCACAGCAAUGUGUGAGUGCCAGGCCUUGCAUCCAGACCCUGAGGAUGAAGACUCAGACGACUAUGAUGGAGAGGAGUAUGAUGUGGAAGCACACGAACAAGGACAGGGGGACAUCCCCACAUUUUAUACCUAUGAAGAAGGACUGUCCCACUUAACAGCAGAAGGACAAGCCACGUUGGAGAGAUUAGAAGGGAUGCUUUCUCAGUCUGUGAGCAGCCAGUAUAAUAUGGCAGGCGUCCGGACAGAAGAUUCAGUAAGAAGUUAUGAAGAUGGCAUGGAGGUAGAAACCACACCAACUGUUGCCGGACAGUUUGAGGAUGCAGAUGUUGAUCACUGAAGAUGAUUUAUGCUAUUACACGAUUCUGCUCAUAACUGUAGGCAAGAACUUGGUGCCUCUUCACUCCAGAAUGGGGCUGGUGAAAGGCUUUUUUUCUUCUCCAAAACUCAUUUCUCAAGACAGACUAUAAUGAGACAGCAAGCUGUCGCCAGCAGAAGAGACUAUGACCUCUCUUAACAAAGGUGAAUUAACUGAACGGGUAUUUGUAGUUUUCAUUACCCCCAAGCUUCCUGUGUCUAGGUACUUUCUGAGGAGGCCGCUAAUUCCCGCCUUUGCUGUGUGCAGUCUGUCAGCUGCAAGGCCUGUGUGAUGAAAUGCACAGAGCUCACACUGGGCAAAAGUGAGGUGCUGCAGCAUAGAUGUCUCUGGGACUUAGGAGAACUCUCUGAUCCCUGAGAUAAAAAGCAAAAGCCUCAGAGGGAGCAGCCUUCAGCAUUUUCCACAAAGGCAUGGGUCCUCUACUUGGGGAUCAGCCACAUCUCGCCAUGACACAAUACUUGUAUGCUAGCUUCUGUUCCUCCUCAUUUAUCAUCAGCUCUGUUAUGUUCUCCUAGCUUAGGUCCUUGACUGUCCACCCUCUUAACAUUAGCUUUCUGUCACAGAAUAAAUAAUCUGAAAUGAAGUCUGCAAAGCACUCUUAGUGACAUUUUGUCUUUGUAAUAGUUAACAAAUAAAUCUGGGUUUUCUAAA